UCGACAUGAAGUUCUUAUGGGCACUUGAAAGCAUUGGUAUAACGGACUCUCCUAAGACAACUAGGGAAGAAGAAGCGGUGAAAUUCUUCAAUGAUACCAUCAAGUAUGUAGAAGGACGGUAUGAAGUAAAGUGGCCUUGGAUUCAGUUCCCUCCAGAGAUACCAACCAAUUACAAUCUGGCUUAUGGAAGAUUGAAAAGCCUACUGAGGAGAUCUGAUAGCGAGACAUUAAUAGAAUAUGAUCGGAUACUGUCUGAACAACUUGAAGCCAAUGUCAUUGAAGUUAUAGAACCCCAAACAGUACCGAUAUAUCAGGUAAACCCACCUAUUCACUACUUACCUGGUCAUAUAGUGAAACAAGAAGGGAAAAGGGGGCGUAUUGUCUAUGACGCAUCAGCUAAAGUAAAAGAUUAUAAGAGCCUAAAUGAAUGUAUGUAUCGAGGACCAUCAAUGUUAGAAGAUCUAACCGCCCUACUUCUAAAGUUCAGAUGUGGUGAAGUGGGAAUAACAGCGGACAUAGAGAAAGCCUUUCUUCAAGUCGGUCUCCAAGAUGAAGAUAGAGAUGUCACGAGAUUCCUCUGGGUAAAAGAUCUGUCCAAAGAACCCACUGAGGACAAUAUUCUUCAUUACAGAUUUUGUAGAGUACCGUUUGGAAUCAUUUCGAGCCCGUUUCUCUUAACAGCCACAAUACGACAUCAUUUAUCACAAGAUGAAACCUUUCUUAAGAACAUUGCUGACAGAUGUUACGUUGACAACCUUGUGACAUGCGCUGAAGACUACAACAAAGCUACCACGUUAUAUGAAGAAACCAGAAAAGUCUUCAAAGAGUUGGGCAUGAAUAUUCGAGAAUGGAUGUCAAAUGAUAAACAUUUUUUGGAAACUAUUCCUGAGCCACUAAGAGCACCACAAAAAGACCGAAUAAAGGUUCUAGGCCUUAUGUGGAACGUGGAAAAGGAUAAUUUGGAACUGAAAUUAAAUGAUAACUCCUUAGAUUGCCAUGAGAAGAAGGUUACUAAAAGGGAUGUUUUACGCACAUUAGCAAGGGUUUAUGACCCAUGUGGAUUCGCUUCACCACUUAUACUACCUGCAAAAAUAUUCUUUCAACAGCUCUGCGAGAUGAAGAUUAAAUGGGAUACGAACUUGUCAACAGAGCUCAUUCAUAAAUGGUCAAAAAUAUUAGACAACCUUAAACUGACUAGAGAUAUUGAAGUACCACGACAUGUAGGAAAUGUAUCACCAAAGUCAAAGGUAAAAUAUGAACUUCAUACAUUUACAGAUGCUUCGAUGAAGGCAUAUGCUGCAGUGACAUAUCUACGUAUAGUCGGAGAGAGAGAAAAUAAGAUAGCAUUCCUUAUGUCAAAGGCCCGCAUAACACCCUUAGAGGAUCAAAAAGAUUUGAAAAUACCCCGGCUGGAACUGUUAGCUUAUUUAAUUGGUAGCAGGCUAAUGAAGUAUGUCAAAGCAAACAUAGACUUACACAUACAGAAACAAUAUUUGUGGACUGAUAGUCAGGUUGUGCUCGGCUGGAUCAAAUCGAAUAAACUGCUAUCUCCGUUUAUUACUCGCCGUGUUAACGAAAUCAAGGAGAACAAAGGCUUCGAAUUUCGCUAUGUAGAUACAAAUAGAAACCCAGCUGAUUUAGCUACUCGGCCUGAGCUGUGGGAGAGUAAAAAGGGAUUAUGGUUCAAGGGGCCUGAAUUUCUGUCCAAGGAACCAGUACAUUGGCCGAGUAGUACAAUAUCUGAAGAUCGACAAGCCUUUCUUGUUGCUGGGGAGGGCCUGGAUAUCAUCAAUGAUCCAGAGAUGUCAGUGGAGGAUUGUGAAAAGGACAUACCUGAUGUUCAGCUCGAUAUGGAUCUUGAUGGUCAGAUAGCUCAAGAACAGGAACAUGCUAUCCAGGUAGAGACUGAUAUUAGUGGAGACAAGACACAUGUAACAGAAAUUAUAAAUCUACAAAAGGAACAUUUCCCAGAAGAAGUGAGUGGAAAGGAAACUCAUUUGACGCGAAACUUAGGGCUGUAUCUAGACGUAGAUGGAUUGCUUAGAAGUCGAGGACGACUGUCAAAUACUCGUUGGUCCUAUGAUAUGAAGCACCCAAUCCUUUUACCGCCCAAAUCUAGUUUCACAGAUAAGGUUAUCCGAGAGACCCACGAAGAAAACUACCAUGUGGGAGUUCCACAUACCUUGAAUAUCAUCCGUGAAAAAUACUGGAUACCACAGGGUAGGGCACAAGUACAGAGGGUACUUAAAACCUGCAAUCAAUGCAUUAAACAGGGCGGAGGACCCUACCGGCUUCCUCCUACACCGGCCUUACCAGUGGAGCGAGCGAAUUACAGUGAUCCUUAUACCUAUACAGGUCUUGAUUAUUUCGGCCCAGUAAUGGUUGCAACAAAACUAGGAAAAGAGAAACGCUGGGUAUGUUUAUAUACGUGUCUUGCUGUGAGAGCUGUUCACAUGGAGAUAGUAAAAGACUUAACAGCUGAAGAAUGUCUGCUCGCGUUGAGACGUUUCAUAGCUUCCAGAGGAAAGCCAAAGAUGGUAUUAUCGGACAAUGCACCUCAAUUCAAGCUGACUUCAGAACUUUUGACGAACUCGUAUUGCGUAAAAAACAGCAUUAAGUGGAAGUUUAUCCCUCAAUUGGCUCCAUGGCACGGGGGAGUCUACGAACGGCUCGUAGCCCUGGCCAAGCAUUGUAUGAAGCGCACAUUAGAAAAACAUUUACUGAACGAUAACCAGUUACUUACAGUGAUUAAAGAGAUCGAGGGAGUCAUUAACACAAGACCUUUGACGUACGUCGGCGCAGAUUUGGACCGUGUGCUGAGACCAGUGGACUUCUUGAGAUUAGGUAAUUGCGUGGUCCCAGAACCGAUGGAGACAGACAACGUGGGCAAGAUCACUGCCACUAAAGUAGACCUCAUUGCUAGCUGGAAAAGAGGUACCAUGAUUCUAGGGGAGUUUAAGGAUAUGUUUAUAAAGCAAUACCUGACAAGUCUGAGGGAAAAGCACAGAUAUUCCGUCAAACAGCCUAGAUCCACUUCUGAUAAAUUACCACAAGUAGGGGAUAUGGUUCAGAUUUACGACGACUCUAAGAAAAGGAUAAACUGGAAAGAGGGGAAGAUAACAACCUUGAUCAAGAGUCGAGAUGGGCAUUGUAGGGUGGCAAAGGUGAAAGUUGGUGACAUGGAGCUUACCAGAUCCAUUGGCCACCUAUACCCAUUGGAAACUGACUGCAGCGGAGAAUCUCCAGGGCCAGAAAUUCCAGUAGUCGAACGAAUGGAUCUUACGUUACCUGCAGAUCAUUCUAACAUAAGAUUAGAUAACAUACUACCUGAAAAUAGUCUUGAUCUGGAUAAUCGAUCUGAGAUGCAAGAUAACAUGGAGGUACCAAAUGAGGUACAUAGUCAAAGACAGGCCGAGGCAGUCCAGGGUACAGAAUUGUCUACGAAAGAGUCUGAAGUUACUGAUAGGCAAGAGGAAUCUGUUCAACAAGAGUUGGAGGAUACUCCACAAGAGCAGGAACAGAGAGACUUACCUGCUGAGACGAGACCAGAGCGGAUUGCAGCUCAAAGAGCCCGAGAGAAGAUUGCUGAGUGGACACGCCACUUAGCAGCUCUUCUAUAAACUUCUUUUGAUGUCGGGAGUAUCGCGGAUCACCGCGAACCUGUGGCGGUGGAAAGAAUCUUCAGGCACCAGUGAGAAAAUGAUCAUAUCGUAGCGAAGCAGAACAUAUAGACCACCAAGCGGUGACUGGACGUUCAGGUAGGACUUGGAAAUUAUAAUUAUUACCGCCAACAUGUUUACGCCAAACCUAGGUUGAUAGUAAAUUUAAAUUCUAGUAAGAACUGAUA